ACGCGGGCGGCGGCCCGCAGCCCCGCAGUUGCCCUUUUAGUCCCUUCACUCCUGUCUCGGUGCCAGCGCUCCCGGGAUGGCCUCUCAAAACCGCGACCCAGCUGCUGCCAGCAUCGCCGUUCGCAAGGGAGCCGAGCCCAGCGGGGGCGCCGCCCGGGGCCCUGUGGGCAAGAGGCUACAGCAGGAGCUGAUGACCCUCAUGACAUCCGGUGACAAAGGAAUUUCCGCCUUCCCUGAAUCAGACAACCUGUUCAAAUGGGUAGGAACCAUUCAUGGUGCUGCCGGCACGGUAUAUGAAGACCUGAGGUAUAAACUCUCCCUGGAGUUCCCCAGCGGCUACCCUUACAACGCACCCACAGUGAAGUUCCUCACACCCUGCUACCACCCCAAUGUGGACACACAGGGCAACAUCUGCCUGGACAUUCUCAAGGAUAAGUGGUCCGCACUGUAUGAUGUUAGGACCAUCUUGCUCUCUAUCCAGAGCCUUCUAGGAGAACCCAAUAUCGAUAGCCCUUUGAACACACAUGCUGCCGAACUCUGGAAAAACCCCACGGCAUUUAAGAAGUACCUGCAAGAAACCUAUUCAAAGCAGGUCUCCAGUCAGGAGCCCUGAUGCAAGCUGUGCCGUUCUCCUUUGUGUCGUCCUCUUUUGUUCUUGGAUGGUCUGUCCUCUCCUUAUUUCUAAGCUGUGGUGAUAUUUCUGUUUUAUUUGUUUUUUAAAUUAAGUCUGCUUGAACCCUUAACAAUGUAUAUUAAAUAAAAACA